AUGCCAAAAAAGGUCUGGAAAUCAUCUUCACCUUCCACUUACGAACAUAUCUCUAGCUUGAGACCAAAGUUUGUGUCUCGGGUAGACAAUGUUCUUCACCAGAGAAAGGCGUUGACUUUCAGCAAUGUCGUUGUUCCAGAUAAAAAAAACAACACUUUAACCUCAAGCGUUGUAUACUCUCAAGGUAGUGAUAUAUACGAAAUUGACUUUGUUGUACCAUUGCAAGAGGCUUCUACGGAGCCAGUGCAGGACUAUGGGGACGCCUUUGAAAAAGUUGAGAACACCUCACUGAGCCCAAAGUUUGUCUAUCAAGGUGAGACCGUUUCCAAAAUGGCUUACUUAGACAAAACUGGAGAAACUACUCUAUUAUCCAUGUCUAAAAACGGAUCGUUGGCUUGGUUCAAGGAAGGUAUAAAGGUACCCAUUCAUAUCGUACAAGAAUUGAUGGGUCCAGCAACCAGUUAUGCCAGUAUUCAUUCGUUAACCAGACCUGGUGAUCUACCUGAAAAGGAUUUCUCAUUGGCCAUCUCCGACUUCGGUAUCUCCAACGAUACGGAAACUAUUGUUAAAUCUCAAAGCAAUGGUGAUGAAGAGGACAGUAUUCUUAAAAUCAUUGAUAAUGCCGGUAAACCUGGUGAGAUUCUGCGUACUGUUCAUGUUCCAGGUACCACUGUGACUCACACAGUUAGAUUUUUUGAUAACCAUAUAUUUGCAUCUUGUUCGGAUGACAACAUCCUAAGGUUCUGGGACACUAGAACUUCCGACAAACCUUUAUGGGUGUUGGGAGAACCAAAAAACGGAAAGUUGACCUCGUUCGAUUGCUCUCAAGUGUCUAAUAACUUGUUCGUCACCGGUUUCAGCACAGGUAUUAUAAAAUUGUGGGAUGCUAGGGCAGCUGAAGCAGCCACCACUGAUUUGACCUAUAGACAGAAUGGUGAAGAUCCAAUUCAGAAUGAAAUCGCUAACUUCUAUCAUGCUGGUGGGGAUUCUGUUGUUGACGUCCAAUUUUCUGCUACUUCAGACUCCGAAUUCCUGACCGUCGGCGGCACUGGUAAUAUUUAUCAUUGGAGCACUGAUUAUUCUUUGUCAAAGUACAAUCCUGACGAUACCAUUGCCCCUCCUCAAGAUGCCACUGAAGAAUCUCAAACGAAAUCGCUAAAAUUUUUGCACAAGGGUGGAAGCAGAAGAUCUCCAAAACAGGUCGGGAGAAGAAACACCGCCGCUUGGCAUCCAGUUAUCGAAAACUUGGUGGGUACUGUCGAUGAUGAUAGUUUAAUCAGCAUCUAUAAGCCUUACAUUGAGGAAGCUGAAUAG